CUGGUCUCUGCUCAUCUUGACUCCUCGUUUGAGCAUUUCAUUUACUGAAGACAUCUUCUACACCUGGUGUUCCAGACGACUGACUAGUGCCUCCUGCAGGUUAAUCAACCAACCACUGAUCAGUAAAGCAAAAAAUAAGCGAUCGUCUGGUUUUUCCUUUCGACUUGUCUCUCCGCGCUUUCUGCUCAAGUCAGCCCCCUCCUCUGCCGCGCAUGCUCUGCAGCGCAUGCCCGACGGGGUCUGCGCAGCGCGUGCAUCACAGGAAACAAUGAGGAUCCUGUUUACCUGUUUGCUGCUUAUGCUGCUCUUUGCCACUGGACUUUCAAAACCAGCCAAUCUUAAACCCAAACCAAUUGACAAGCGUCAGAAUGAAACCCCUUAUGAAAAGUUUAAACGACAGCAUGUAGAUGCCAAGAUGACUGCGAAAAAAUGUGAGGCAGAAAUAAAAAACAAGCAGAUCUACAAUGUUGACAACAGUUGUAAGGACACAAACACGUUCAUCCUUAGUGAUUACGAAAAGGUCAAAGCCAUUUGUAAUGGUCAUGGGUCACCUCAUAAGAAUACUUGCUUGACAGAGAGUAAAGCAAAGUUCAGUAUUGUUAAAUGUGAACUAAAGAAUAAUGGAGGCAGGAAACCCAACUGCCAGUAUAAAGGCAAACUUCUCACUAACAGAAUAGUUGUAGUCCAAUGUGGAGGAUUACCUGUGCACUUUGAGAAGGACAUAGUGACUUUUGAAUCCAAUAACGCAACUAUAGGAAAAAUCCCCAUGGACUCUACUUCUGUACCCACAAAUAUGCAUGUCUGAGAUAACAAAAGAGAAACAUUUAUCAUCAGCUCUGACCAAAAGUCGCUGGAAACAUCUUGUUCGUCACAAGUUUUCACUCGAGCCUGUCUUAUCAGUAACCAUUUACAUUUUUUUGAACAUGUGAUCGGCUUCACACAUUGCAUUAAAUAAUAUAAAACUAUUUUCAAACUAUAUUCAACCCACCAAUACUGAUAUAUUAAUUGUACUGACUGUAGGAUGCUGUGUAGAAAUAAUCUCUUCCAUCAAACUGGCUUCUAAUAAAAUAUUUUUA